AUGGAGGAGGUGGGUAAACCCAUUGCCUGGUGCCCGGACAGCUCAGAGCUGGUGGUGGGCCUCGGGAGGCUUCUGCAGAUCUGGGCUGUGGGCGCAGAGGGCUUGUGGGGUAAGGCGGCAGAGCUGCCAGGUGAACGGCAUAUGCUAAGCGUCGCCUGGCCGAUGCGUGACCACAUCACGGCCCAAGACGUCUCUGGUGCUUUGUGGCUGUGGGACCGAGCGAACGGCACCUGGCGGGCCGAGGUUGUGCAGCAGGAGAAGGUGUGGGGAGAUGAGACGCUCACGGACCCGGACUUUGCCCUCACCUCCCUGGACUGGACUUCCGGCGGUUCCGGCAAGCUGGCCAGCUUCCGGGGACCAACAGGGCUGCGGAUCUGGGAGCGGGGACCGGCGGGAUUGGUGCCGCUGCAUGACCUGCAGGAGCCGCACCAGCAGCAGCUUUUGUCACUGAGGUGGUCCACGGAUGGUCGCCUUCUGGCCACGGGGUCCGCAGAAGGGGCCGUGUCGUUGUGGACCUUUGACCCGGAAGUACGACAGCUGCUGCGGGAGGACCACCGGCACGAAGGAGCAGUCUUCGGCCUGGCCUGGGCCCCGGACAGGCCGCCGGCCCUGGCCAGCGCCGGCGAGGACGGGAAGGUGAAUGUCUGGAACGAGCUGGCAGGCGUGUGGACGCUCAGGUAUGCACUAGACAUACGAGACCCAAACUUGGAUUAUGUGGGCAGUCCCAUUCCCGUCAUGGGGCUGGAUUGGUCACAACACGACAUUUUGACGACUUGCGGGCCUGCCGGCAUUUUCAUCUGGAGAGACCCGCGGGAAGAAAGAACCAAGCUGAAGGUCACAUCCAAGGCCUUGAGUGAGUUGUGCACCAUACGCUGGUCGCCUGAUGGGCACACUCUUCUAGUGGCAGACGGUAGCCUGUUUUUAUGGCAUUUGAGCAUGACGGGAACAUAUUUCAUGGGUGAAGUAACAAUGCGGGACUACAAGAACAUCGUCUCAGCUGCCUGGUCCUCUGACGGAAGUUUUUUGUCCACCGUGGGAGACAACGGUAUUGUGGAGCUGUGGAACCACAGCGAGGGACACUCCGAUUGGGAGGUGCAACAGCUUCCUUCGGAGAAGCAUUCCGAGGCUGUCAGCUGGUCUGUCAACGGUUUGUUGGCCAGUGCCAACAGCGACGGGACCAUCGAAAUCUGGGAAGGUAAGCAGCUGCUGCAUGUCAGCCAAGCAUAUUUUCCGCGCCGUAUGUCAGAUUGGUUUAAAUCUCGAAUGCACAGUGACGAGGCCUUGCAGGCCUUGGCCUGGUCUCCGGGCGGGGAGCGUCUAGCGGCUUCCACCUCCUUGUUCCGGGAUCAUUUUGCCGUGUGGAGGGUGGACUCUGGCGCCUUGGCGCGGGAGCAAAAUCUGAGCAUCAACGAGCCGCGGAGGGUCUUAGCCUUGGCCUGGUCCCCGAAAGGGUACCCAUUGGUGGCCAGUACCUUUUGCCGCAGCAACGGGACGCAUCGCGUCUUGAGUUCUGGAGCAAGGGUGUCAGUGGGAACUGGCAGGUGCAGGUGA